AUGUCGACUUCUACAAAUUUCCCUUCAACCCUUCUUCACACUCUCAAAACUCAUACUGGCCCGGUAAAUGCUGUCAUAUUCUCCAGUUCUCCCGGGACGUAUCUCCUGACUGGCUCCUCCGACCGCUCUGUCCAUCUAUCUCGCGCGCUUCCAUCGUCGUCGUCCUCAUCACCACAGAUAACAACCUCGCCGAUACAAAGAUAUGAAGCCCAUGGAUACUCCGUGCUAGACAUAGCAGUGAGCACAGAUAAUGCGCGAUUUGCCAGCGUAGGCGGGGAUAAACAGGUCUUUCUUUGGGAUGUUGAGACCGGGACUACUGUGAGAAGGUGGGCUGGCCAUUCAGGACGAGUUGAAGCCGUGGAAUUCGGCGGAGAGGCUGAUUCGGUAGUAAUAUCAGGAAGCGCCGAUUCAGAUGUGAAGAUAUGGGAUACCCGAUCCCUUACGUCGAAACCGAUACAAACCCUCACAGAAGCCACUGAUACGGUCUCCUCUAUAAACGUCCAUUUACCUACAAGCAGUAUAAUCACUGCGAGCUACGAUGGUCGAAUUCGUACCUACGACUUGAGAAUGGGUGAGCUGAAGGUCGAUGUCAUGGCUCACCCCGUCACUAGCGUACAGUCUUCCACGGAUGGGAAAGCCAUACUUGCUUCAUGUUUGGAUGGGCGAAUCCGCAUGGUCGAUCGUGACGACGGUGCAGUUCUCAAGAGCUUUGGUGAUGGAAACCCUGACCCGUCAGCACCAGCUGAGAAGCAGCACGGGCCUACAUAUAUGAAUAAGGAGCUACGUAUCCGGUCUACCUUUGCGAAGGGAGAUAGCGUGGUGCUGAGUGGCAGCGAGUCUCCAGAAGGGAAUACCAGCAGAAGCAAUACCCAAGCAAACGUUAUGGCGUGGGACGUCUCGACUGGGAACGUUAUUCAGACUGUGCCGGUGGGUGCCAGUGUGAAGGUGGUUAGCUGCGUUGCCUGGAACGAAAAAGGGCGAUCGUGGGCUGGAGGAUGUUCAGAUGGCUCUGUCAAAGUUUACGGAUAA